AUGUACAUUAAGCAGAUUACGAUUCAGGGCUUCAAAAGCUACAAGAAUCAGACAGUCGUCGAUCCGUUCUCACCGAAGCUGAAUGUAGUGGUCGGUCGCAAUGGUUCCGGAAAAAGCAACUUCUUUGCCGCCAUUCGAUUUGUGCUUGGAGAUGCCUACACUUCGAUGGGCCGCGAGGAGAGACAGGCCCUGCUUCAUGAAGGGUCUGGUUCAGCCAUCAUGUCAGCCUACGUCGAGAUUGUCUUCGCGCAAUGUGAGGGCCGCUUUCAGACAGCUGGCGACGAGCUUACGCUACGACGGACUAUUGGCUUGAAAAAAGAUGAAUAUUCUGUCGAUCGCAAAAACACCACGAAGAAUGAGGUUAUGCAGAUGUUGGAAACCGCAGGCUUCUCGCGCGCUAAUCCAUACUACAUUGUACCGCAAGGUCGUAUCACGCGACUAACCAAUAUGAAGGAUGCCGAGCGCCUUGAUCUACUGAAAAGCGUCGCCGGAACUCAGCACUUUACAGCCAAGAAGGACGAAUCCUUAAAGAUCAUGAAUGACACAAACAACAAGCUCGCCGAGAUCGACGACCUCUUCAAACAGAUCAACGAGCGUCUGGACGAACUCGAAGAGGAGCAGGACGAGCUGCGCGAUUUCCAAGAGCAGGACCGCGAGAAGCGUGGUCUAGAAUACACUCUAUUCCACCGUGAGCAAGAAGAAAUCAAUAAGGCUCUCGAAACCAUUGAGAACAGUCGGGGAAGGGGCAUUGAAGGCGCGGACGACGACCGUGCUCAGUACGACCAAGGCGAGGAAGAGCUUGCUGAGAUCAUGCAGCAACUUCAGACCCUCAAACAGGAAAUCAAUGCUGCCAAACUUGAAAAGCGGCAGUACGACGAGGAGAAGAAAGAAAAGGCCAAAGCGCGAGCCCAGGUAGACCUGGAGGUCCGCAAUCUCAAGGACUCGCACGACGCUUCUCAGAAUGCCAAAGCUGCUCGUGGCAAGGACAUCAAGAUCCUCAAGGCCCAGAUCAAGCAGGCCGAGCAAGAACUUCAGAAACUCACCCCUCAAUUCGAUGCAGAAGUCAAAAAGGAGAAGGACGUAAAGUCUCGACUCGAUGACGAAGAAGCAACCCAACAGCGGCUCUAUGCUAAGCAAGGCCGCAGCGCUCGUUUCAAGUCUAAGAAAGAUCGCGACGACUGGCUGCAGAAACAGAUUAAUGACAUAUUCAAUGCCAUGGCAAGCUUCAAAGCCACGAGACUCCAAACCAACGAAGACUUGAAGAGAGACGAGCAGGCGGUCAAAAAGCUCGAGCAAGAGCUUAAGACACUACAAGAGCAGCUAGCUGCUGGAGCCGAUACCUUUGAGCAACAGAUUGAAGAGAAGCUGCAGACAAAGGAAGCGAUGAUGGAUGAGCGGAAGGGUCUGUGGCGCCGUGAAGCUCAGCUUGAUUCUGCCAGUGCUGCCGUUCGUGAACAACUGAGACAGCAAGAACGCGCAUUAUCACACAUGAUGGACGGUAAUACCUCCAGAGGUCUUGACGCUGUUCGUCGCAUCAAACAUCAGCACAAGCUCAGUGGGUGCUAUGGCACUCUCGCCGAGUUGAUCGAAGUUCCCCAGCACGCCACGGCUGUCGAGACUGUCGCCGGCGCCUCGUUGUUUCACUAUGUAGUAGACAACGACGAAACUGCCAGCAAAUGUAUGGAGAUCCUCAACAAGGAGCGAGCAGGAAGAGUAACUUUCAUGCCGCUCAACCGACUACAUCCAAGACCGGUCAACUACCCACAAGCUCAAGAUGCUAGGCCGUUGAUGUCGUUGAUCAAGUACGACUCCAUGUACGAGAAGGCAGUCCAGCAAGUUUUUGGAAAGGCUAUCAUUGCACAGAACCUUAGUGUUGCUGCACAGUAUGCUCGGACACAUGGUCUGACUGCUGUUACGCCUGAGGGUGAUCGAUCGGACAAAAAGGGAGCACUGACCGGUGGAUACCAUGACCAGCGAAACUCUCGGUUGAAGACUUCGCAGGCCCUUAGCAAAGCUCGUGCAGAAUACGACAACGCGCAAGUGGAGCAGCGACAGGUCAGCAAAGAAAUCGAAGUGCUUGGGCAAAAGAUCACGGACGCCGUUGGACAGAUACAGAAACUCGAGCAGCAGCGAAGCAAAGCCCAAGGUAGCCUCCGACAGCUCCGACAAGAACUCACUACCAAGACGGAAUUGCUCGUCCGCAUGCGCAAUGAUCUGGAUGCGAAGAUACAACAGGCAGAGUCGAUCGCUUCGCGGGUCAACGAACUCGAAGCGCAACAGAGCACGUUUCUGUCUGAGCUCAAGGCAGACUUCAAGAAGGCUCUCACAGCCGCCGAGGAGACGCAGCUUGAGAAUUUGACUUCAAGCAUCCAACGUCUUCGCCGGGAAUACAGUGAUUUAUCCUCAUCAAGAGCAGAGACCGAGGCCAAGAAACUUGGUCUAGAAGCUCGACUCAACAGCAACCUCAAACCUCAGUUAUCAGCUCUCGAAGGAGAUGACAUGGAUGCGGAGAGCGCCUCAUCUACGACCCACAUUCAAUCGCGGGAGCGUGAGCUUUCUCGUCUUAGCAAGGACUACAAUGCUGUUUCUCAGCAUUUGCGGGAACUCGACGAGCGAAUUGAUAAUAAGACCAAUCAAGUCGUGGAGCUCGAGACUCGUGCUGCUGACACUCGUCGGCAGCAGGAAGAACUCCACAAAGCCAUCGAAAAAGCUCAGCGACGACUGGAGAAAGCCAUUCAAAAGAAGGCUGCCCUCAUCGCCUCUAAGCAAGAUGUUGUCGAAAGCAUACGCGACCUUGGUGCUGUACCUGACGAAGUGAAGCACAAAUUUGGCAAAGUGAGCUCGGACCAAAUCGUCAAACGAUUGCAGAAAGUGAAAGAGUCUCUCAAGAAAUACACUUCUGUCAACAAGCACGCCUUCGAACACUACCGCAAGUCUAUGAAACAGCGAGAGGAGCUGGACCAACGCCGCGAGGAGCUCAACAAGGGCAAGCAGUCUAUCCAGAGAUUGAUUGAAUUGCUCGACCAGCGCAAGGACGAAGCUAUCCAGCGCACAUUUAAGCAGGUCAGUAAGGCCUUCCAAGACGUCUUCAAGAAACUGGUUCCGGCUGGCCAUGGACGUCUGGUCAUUCAGAGAGGGAUGGAUGCGCCCGGUGAAGCGGAUGAUUCGGAAGAUGAGCGUCCGACCCAGACGAAGGGCAUAGAAAACUACAAAGGCGUAGGCAUUUCUGUCAGCUUCAACAGCAAACACGACGAUCAGCAGCGGAUCCAGCAAUUGAGUGGAGGGCAGAAGAGUUUGUGCUCACUUGCGCUUAUCUUUGCCAUUCAAGCAACUGAUCCUGCGCCUUUCUAUAUCUUCGACGAGAUCGACGCCAACCUGGACGCCCAGUACCGGACUGCGGUCGCGGAGCACCUACACUACCUUGCGGAAAAGGGCAACGAAGAACCCGAGGAUGGCGAAGAACGACCUACUGGGGGCCAGUUUAUCUGCACGACUUUCCGCCCUGAGAUGCUUCGGGUCGCAGAAAAGUGUUAUGGAGUGACAUUCGCCAAUAAUGUCAGUGCUAUUCGUGUAGAGACGACGGAAAAUGCUCUGGACUUCGUUGAGAGUCAGGCUCAGUGA